ACAGGUCGUUACUCGAAAGAUUGUCAAGGGCGAUGGGGGUCGCGCUUCCACCGCUCACGGGCCUCAACGACAACACGACGUCCCCGCAUGAGGCGUUCCUUUCGCUCCGUGAAGCCGUCCGGCGCGACUGCCACAGUGAUGUCGCACUGCGCAAACACAUCACGUGCCACCUUGUGACGCUCAACGACACUGGCGUGCACAACUUGCUCCAGGUGCUGGAUUGCUACCUCGUUGACGACAUGCAGAUGACGAUGCCAGAAUUCCUUGCCUCUCGGGGUGCAUUGUACGGUCCCGUCAAUCGAAACAAGUGCGAAGAGGUGUGGAAUGGCGAUCACAUUGCGUACCGUUGUCGGACGUGCGGUCUGUCCGACUCGAGCUGCAUGUGUGUGAGGUGCUUCGAUCCCGCCCAGCACGAAAAUCACGAUUACCGCAUAUAUCGGUGCAGCUACGGUGGGUGCUGUGACUGCGGCGACGACCUAGCCUGGAAGUCGUCUGGGUUUUGCUCGCGGCACAAAGACGAGAGCGGAGACAGCCCCGCCGUCGAGAUCCCCACGUUGGAAGCUGCACGAUUACAUGUGACUAUAGAUUCGAUCCUUCAGUUUGGCAACUUGGUAUUGCACACGGUGUACGAAGAAUGCACUGUUGUCCCAUCGCCGUCGGCCCAUCGCCGUCCGCAUGGGUUCACGCACUUGCUGCCAGUCGGGGGAAGUGGCCACCGGCAUCCCAAACGGUCAAGCGUCCCGCCAUCCUUUGCAUCUCUGUCCCUGUCUACACAAUCCCUUCUCGCCCGGCUGUCGCUUAGUCUGUUGUGGCUGCAAUCUGUUGCGGGCAGUUGCAUGCCGUAUCGCACGGCGGUGUGUCGGCGGUUCCUGGAACCCAUUUCAGGGUUGGCGUCGUUACCCGAUGGCAGUUCGGACACGUUGGCGUUCUGGCUCACCUUCGGUGUCCUCCUGCCGCUUGACUGCUGCGACGCUGUGGGGGUGCUGUACCUGAAGCUUCUCAUGGACAAGUCGUUCAAGAAGGCGUUUUCGCUGCGUUUUCUCGACGCUUAUGCGUACUACAUUCAACUUUACCUGGGAGACACGUCGUCGGAUUCGGGUCGGAAGCAUCUCAGUCGGCACAUCGAUCGCCUGUUUUGCCAGCUCUUCCACAGCUCGGAGCAGCUACGGGCCAUCGAUGCAGUGCCGUACCGACUUGGAGCGCUCCAUGGUCUGUCCAUGUCGUCCAAUGCACGCAUGACGCUGAGCGAGUCGCUGACGUAUUUCUGUCUGCGCGAGAUGGCCAACCUCCUCGCGUCGGCGGCGGCCCCGACGCUUCGCACAAACCACGUGCUGAUCAAGACUCGCGUGUACGCUCGGUUCUGCUCCGAGCUGCGAUGCCUCCUGGUGCAUCCUGACUUCGCCGCCCAAACAAUUGUGAACUCAUGGAGCGAGAACAAGAUGCUGGAGAACGAGUCGAUCUAUCAAGCGCUUCUGGAUAUCUUGACAACGAUGCAGUGCAUGGACACUCAAGUCAAACAAACGGGGCGACAUGUCGACUUUGAGUCGGAUGCGUGGCAGGCGGCGUUCGUUCUAGACUACGAAGUUCUCCUGGUGUGGCAGUACCUUGUCCAAGGGCUCCACCAUGCGCUCGAAACAGCCACGAUGAAUAAACCCCUCGUCCUUCAGAUGUGGCUGAGCCCUGUGGCCGACCAACUGCGGCGCUGGUGGCUUGCGCACGGUGACUGUGUCGCGAGCGGUCUCGUGAAUGUCCAGCAUCAGCUCGAUUUCUACGCCACGCGACAUGGCCAACUUGAUCGAGCCGUCGUGGCUACAAGCAUGCACUUGCCGUUGCACCAUUUGUUUGGGAGCCUCUUGGACGAAGCGCACCGCUAUGAGCCGAAAGACCUACUCUGGACCCUGGUCCAACGCGAAGACCGCGAUUUUUGGUUUCGCCUUGUUGUCCACUUGUUUCAAGUCCAUCUUUUCGUCCGCGGCAUCAAGUGCUACGAGUGGGUGUUGAAUGGCCAAACCAUGCUCCACCAAGUCAUCCACUACCACUCACGCCACUGGAGGUAUCACGGCCUCCACAACGAUCUAUUUCUACUCCAACUGGCGGCCGCCGCACUCCCGCCCAGUGCGUUCACGACGCUCUUUCUAUCCCAGUGGCUCGAACACUGUUCCCGCGCCAAGGACAACGACAUGCGGAUGACGGCGGAAGGACUUAAAGUCCUGCUGCAAGUCGUGCUCGACCCGACCAAAAUCGCCGCCGUGACGCCGUGGGACCUCUUGGUGCGGGAUGUUGUCCACUGGCUUGCGAUCGGUCCGUUGACGCGCACGGAAUUGCAUGCCAAGUGCGACAGUCGCCUGAUCGAAAUGGUAAAAGCGGGCACGUUUGAAGAAGACGAAGACAUCAUCGGACGUGUCCUGGCGCAAGUGGGCGACUUGGCGACUGGGUCCGACAUGGCCGAAACGUUGCCCCACAUGGUACUGCGAGGUCUCGAGGGGGGUGCGGGAACUGGUAAAAGCUGCACGUACGUGCUAAAGGCGUCGGCAUGGGCGCUGGUAUGUCCACUCUUUGAGAGCUACUCUGCAAUGGACGUGCAAAAGUGCGACGAAAACGCCAUGCUCCACGACAAGACUGUCGUUUUACAACCUGUCUUGCAGUACCUCGACGCUGCGUUUCGCUCACCGGGGUGCAACAUCCACGUGGUUGCAGCUACCCAUGUCCUGGCAUGUCGGAACGUGUUGGCUGUCGUGGCCUGGAUUCUUUGGGAUCACCCGAUGGACGACGGCCUCGUUCAGGUGGCGCUGUACUAUCUGGCCAUCGCGACGACAGUGCUUCCGCGGCAUCAAGUCACACCUCCUCCGUACGCCACCACUGACGCCCGCGUGAAUGCAAUCGCAGCUGCCUUUGCAGGGAAUACGUGGUGGGAUCACUUGCAUUGCGACGUGUUUGAAGGCGCAUCGGUGCUAACGUUGCUCGUCGCGUUGGGGCCGCGAUUCGGUGGCCUUGCCAACACCAUUGCUCAGCGCAUCCAAUCCACAACACAUGUGCAGUUGGCAGCACGUGCAUCGACAGACCCAACGGGUGCUACGACGGAAUCUCGAAGCGCGGUGCCAUGGACAGCUAAAGACCGCCAAGCGCAGAUCCUGGCCAAGAUGAAAGCCCAACAGCAAGCAUUUCUCAUCAAACAGCUCGAAGACGAUCCCGACAACCUGCCCCUCUUUGACUCGAAAGCGGACGACGAUGCCGCCGAACCCGACGAUUCCAUCCCGACAUCGUCUCCGGAUAUCCACGCCGACGGUGAAGUAUGCGCCUUGUGCCACGGCCCGCACACCUCCACCGACGCUCUCGAGUACAUGGGCUGCCUGACUCCAUCCAACAUGGGCACGCUGACCAAGCCACCGUAUACAUUGACGACGCAGUGCCAUCUCCGCCUCUGUGGCCAUGUAGUCCACCGGCGGUGCAUCCGAGCGUACCUGGUGACGCUCCACACGACGCUGCACGACGAACGACGCUUGAGUCGAGACCAUGCCGAGUAUCUGUGCCCAGUGUGUCGCCGAUUGUGCAAUACCCUCGUCCCCGCGGCUGGCGACGCGGUGGCGCAUUCGUUUGGAUGCGACUCUCCCAGUUCGUCUUCGUCAAAUCUUUCGUCCGAAUCAGAGGGGCGUCUGCGAGUCGAUGAAGUUGCCGCCGAGAUGGAGCAAAGGACCAUGAUCAACAACGUGCAGGAUGAGCGAGGGGAAUCGAGCUUGCUGUCUUUGGCCCACCAAGUCGAUGUGUGCUGCCGUGUGCAAUCUGCGCGCUCAAGCCACGAUACGUUGAUGGAGCUCCUGCUGCACACGCUCUUCAUGACUCAUUUGGCAUUGCCGACUUGUACAGACGAUGGGAUGUCCGUGGACGAGUUCCUUCGAUUCCACCUCGACGCGACGUCCCAAGUGACAUUGCGGCACCUCGUUGGCCUGGUGCGACCGGUUGCCGUCGAGCCCGCUGAUGCCGUCGCGAUAGUGCUCCAUCGCAUGGCGAGCGCCAACUCGUUGGCGACCAAGGCUGCAGCAUUGACGGCUGCAUUGGACGAGAUCCUCCAGAGUUCAUUUGGUCAAGACGUUGUCGAUGGAUGCAUGGCCGACACGCCGCUGUCUUCGACCCUUUGUCAGCUCGGAAUCGUCAUGUACGUGCUCAACCAACGUCGGCAGUCCCACGUCCGCCGCCACGACUCCGUGGAAGCAUGGCUCGCCUACGUGGGAGUGCCCGCCGUCGCGGCAAGUAUCGCUGCUGCCCCCACUGGCGAUGCGCUGGCGAACGCCGCCACCGUUUCCAUCCACGAGUCCACCGAGUUGAGGGUCUCCAGUCCACUGGGUGCACAAAGGAUUGUGUGGCGCGACGCCACAACGUUUUCGCUGGUGGCGUUGCCCAAGCUGUACGUGGACAUCUACCUCCAAUACUGCCAGAACACCGUGCGGUGUACCAAGUGUCAGCAAGUGCCGGUCCAUCCUGCGCUGUGUUUGUUGUGCGGGACGCUCGUGUGCUGUUUUGGAAGCUGCUGCGCCGACGACACUGGUGUUGGCGAGUGCACAAGGCACACGCAGACGUGUGGAAUCGGGUUCGGAUGCUUCCUACUACUCCAUGCGUGCACGGUGCUGCUGCUCCUGGGAAAUGGACGGUGCUGUAUCUGGGGCAGCGUGUAUUUGGAUCGAAAUGGCGAAGAAGACGCGCACUUUCGCCGUGGCAAGACGCUGUACCUGAACCAAGACCGCAUAGCCGCCCUUACGAGGCUUGUCGUGCUGCACGGGUUCACUGAGAACACGGCGAUUCUAAACAGCACGUCGCGACGCGAUGGUGCGCGGUAUUGACAUGCGCUUGAAAUAUAACGGGAUCGGGUUAGUCUACUGAGGCGGAGGAAUGUGGCGCAACAAGUGCUCAAUGCGGUAGUUGAGCUUGGCGA